CUGUGCAGGGGUUACGGCGGCCGCACGCGCCAGGGUGCUCACCCUGCGACAGCCCGCCAGUCGAGUCCCGACCGCCCUGCCGAGCGGACCGCGCACCCCUAACUAAAAACCCACCGAAGUACACGAACUUUACAGUACGAUCUCAUUUAACAAAAAAAAGUUUACAUAUUUAAAAAGUUUUAAUAGUUUCGUUCCGUUUUUUAAAGUUUUAGUUUUAGAUUUUUUUAAAUUUUUCGAAGUUUUCGUGUGCAGGGGUGUCGCCGGGUGAUUCAGAAGAGGACCAGACUAAGAUUUGACAAAAAUGUCGAAGGUUUUGAAGACAGAAAGUGAUCAAAAGCAAAAUGAUUACAAAAAUCAGUGAACUACAAUUUCAUUACAUCAAUAUUUGAAUAUGGAGGCCGCUUUGCCACAUUUCCAUCGUCUGACGUCAUCACGAUUUUACCAGCCGUAUGCAGCUCCACCCGUUCGCAUCUCCAGUAACUAUCUUCACGACCUCAUUCCCCAACAGCAUCCGACACUCCUCCAGCAAUAUUUGGCUUACUAUAACGAACCUCUAGUGCCCCUUGACUUGUCCCUCAAAUCCACUACACCGAUUACCCCUCCGUGCACGCCGCCACCCUUACAAAAAAGAAAGGCAGUCGACGACAACAAACCAGACAAAUCCCCUAAAAUAUUUCGCCAUUUUGAAGAUAAUGAUACCAAAGAAGAAUCACAAGAUAAAACAGACAAACGGAAACUAGACGAUGAGAACUCUAACGACAGUGAUAGUCCCGAAGUCAAGAAACUAAAGUUCACUCAACAGUUUUUUGAAGAACUUAAGACAUGUUUACCUCAAGAAGAGGAGACGACACCAUCAAAAAGUGGCAGAAGCUCACCAGACGUCGUCGAAAUAAAAGAUUUAGAAGAAAGACCUAAAAAAUCACCAAAACCAGUUCAGCAACCAACUAAAAAGAGCAAAGCUGUUAGAAGGCUCAUGUUUGACGAGGAUAAGACAUCUCCUGUCUCCGGCACCAUCAUACGAGAUCUAGCUGAAGAUGAAACUCUCGUCGUUCGAAAGGGAGACAUUGAUCCAGCGUUUAACGUGGUCGAGGUGACCGACGAGGCGAAAGCUUUGAUAGCCGCGAUAGAGAACAGGCUGGGCCGGUACAUAUGCAGGCUGUGCCGACGACUGUACAGCGACGCCUUUGCGCUGGCGCAACAUCGGUGCUCUCGUAUCGUACACAUUGAAUAUCGAUGCCCCGAGUGCGAUAAGGUAUUCAACUGUCCCGCUAACUUAGCGUCUCACCGUCGCUGGCAUAAGCCUCGGGUAGCCGGCGCAGUGAAACGCCGUGAGCCAACUGCUGCCGACUCCGGUCGCUUCCCUUGCCAGAGAUGUGGCAAGAUGUUCCGAAGACAGGCUUACCUUCGGAAGCAUAUGCUAGCUCACGAACAGCCGGAGAAUGAGCCUGAGAAGGAACCUUCUGCAUUCCGGCAGGUGCAUGCUGAAUAUCCUACUUAUCAACCGGACGUGAUGCGAGAGACCGGCUUCAAUAACUUCUGGAACAAAAUCCCAGCUCCUCAGCAUGAGCUGAACUGGGAGGGGGUGCGACCUAGAUGUGGUUCGUCGUGUUCUUCCGAGGACUCGCGGAGUCUGGACGUAACGGGUUCGGAGGAUGAAGGAGGGGGCGGGGGAGUUAUGGAUGGGUGACGGAGGGUCCUGCGACCCGUGCCGCGGCUGCCGCCGUACGCACCGGUCGCCACUGCCCUCUACCCGUACUCCGCGCCGUACGCGCAUGACACACACAUGUAUUUCUCUUAAGCGGGUGAGUCCCCCACACCCAGGUAACCUUGGAAGUGGAGUUUGUUGCCCAAACAUAUAAUGAAUUAAUAAUACAAUGAAUUAACAUCCUCUCUCUAUUGAAAAAAUAUCCAUAAUGGGUCCUCUUUUAGUAGUUUUGCUUGAACAUUAUCUUGUUAUAAUGUCAUAUAGAUUUCAACCAAUUAAUAUAAAUGUCUGUAUAUUCUUUUGUAUAUAAGUGUGGCGUGUGUAUUAGGUUCUAGGAAUAUAUUGUAAAUAUUAAUGAUCUCCUGCAGCACAUUCCAAAUCAUCUAAUCACGUAAAUGUCAAACAUUAUGCGUGUAGUUUGUUUAAAUAUAAUCUAUAUUUAGUAGUCGUAUAAUUCAAUUUUAUUAGAUGUAUAGCAGUUUAUAGGUAUAAUAAUAGUAUUUGUAGGUAUAAAAAACUUAGUAUAAAUUCAUAAUUUGUAUCUAAAAAUGUUAGUUGGUAAGUUAUCUCGGUUCUAAAACGUAUUACAGUAUUGGCAUUAAGUUCGAUCGUUCGUUAACUGUCAAAGGGUCACCGUCAUCGAUCGGUACAUGAGCAUAUUUUUAGAUGCAGCGGCUACCACGGCAGGCUACCACCGUGCCACAAACCCUCAUUAUUAUUUCAAAGUGAACAAUUCAUAGGAAUUGAGUCCACCCCUAACUGGGACGUCUUCAAACCGUGAUACAAUAUAGAUUACCGAUUAUUCGAUUAUCAUUACAAUUUAUUUCGAUACCUUGUUCCGAUUUCACGAUAAUAAAUUCAUAGUAGAAAUGUCAAUCGUUCGACAGGUUUUAUUUCAUUUUACCGUUAAGAGAAAAUAGUUUAUAUAUUUUGGUUGCACUAAUCAAAAUGUUUAUGCAUAUAAAUUAGCUAAGAAAUCUAGUCCUUCUAAUACCAAAUUCAUAUUAAAUUAAAGAUCGGAUUCAGACAUUUUGAUAGUAAAAAAUCGAAUGGAGUAGCGGUACUCUUCUGCUGCACAGUUACUUUUUUUGCUUACUGUAAUAUCAAUUACUCAAUUUCAAGGCAUUAAUUUCAUGUUUUCAUCGUGUUGUGUAUAUCUAUUGGACGUACAAAUUAAUGGAUUCUUUGGAUAAAUAUCAAACCUAUAAAAUGCGGUCUUAGCAAUGACUUAGCGAUCAAGAAAUGUAUUGAUUUCCCAAUUUUAUCAACAAUAUGUACCUAUAUUGUAAAACAACAACUAAUGCCGUAUCUACGUCAGCAUAAUGAAUGCAAUACGAAUUUUGCAUAAAUAUAUACAUUAAAAUACCAACAAUUUACAUGUAGAGUCGUAAAUUAAGACUUUUUUGGUCAUUCGCUCUGAUCUCAUAGUACUUAGGUAUUCGAAAUAUUAUUUAUUGCAUAUUUAUUUUAGUUGUAAUAAAAUAAAUUAGUCAGGUCUUUAGUCAAAAUUCUAGUCUUUUUUUAGGUCUUAUAUUUACUUAGAAUCGAUGUGGAUUAGUUCAUCGACGUUUGCAUAAUAAUUAUUUAUUGUCAAAUUAUAUUUGUUCUUUUUUCUAGUCAAUUAAUUAUACGUAUUUUACCUAGUCAUUAUAAUAAGUACAAUUAAUUUUGGUCUCAAUAAAACUACGUAGUCAAUAAUUUCUAGUCAUUUUAGGAUAUAAGAAACGAUUAUUUAAGAAGGAAAGAAAUGUAUAAAUCUACAAAAACAUAUAAAUUAUAAAAUGCAAUCUAGUCUUACAACGAUUUCUAGUCAAAUGAAGUCAUUUAUUUUAAUUUUAUUAAGCUUAAAAAAUAAUUAAGGACAGUUCAAAUUAUCAUAGCACUUACCAAAAAUUUAUAAAUCUAGUCUAUCUAGUCAGAACUACAUAAGUAUUGAUUAUCUCUAGUCAAGAAUUAAAACAUCUAGUCAGAAAAUUAUCUAGUCAGAAAUUAAUCUAGUCAGAAAUUAAUCUAGUCAUAAAACAAUGCCAAAUAUGUCUGAGAUCUCUAUCUAUCUGUAAUAUCUAGUCAAUCACAUAUCAACAAAUAAGAAAAAAAUAAAUAAAAAAGAACAAAACUAAAAAUAAACGUACCCUUGCAAAAAUAAUUCAAUAGCGUCAUUGCCGAUACCGCAUAUUAUAAAUACUAAAACAAUAUAAGGUGUUCUAAAAUUAUCUGCCAUGGCUUUAAUGGGAGGUAGGUAAAUUACAAUAGUGAAGAAAAUUUCGUAACACUGACCAGUUAAUUCAAUUUAAGACCAAGACCCACGAAAACGCAAUAUUGUAUAUAGACUAUAUAC